ACUACGGCCACUUCCUCUCCAAUGCGAUCCCCUGUCAGGUCCCGUACCACACUGACAGCUUCCAGCUGCCUGUCCUUGAGUCUCUCUUCUCAGCGGGAGCGGUGGGCGACCGAGGUGCGGCCGGGCGGCCCCCGCGUGGGAAGGAAAGACUUGCGGAGGGGAAACUCUUCACUCAUGGGGGCGUGGGGGCCGCCCGGCCGCACCUCGCUGCCCACCGCUCCGCCAGGCGGUCUGCAGCCCCCUCCAGGCCGGCUCCUCCGAGUGGGGCGUGCUAGACCUGGGUUAACUUUCCGCCCGGUGCUGUCUCUGCGACCCGUCUUCUUCCAGCCGCCAGUCCUUCUCCCUGCGGCCGCUGUAGCCGCCAGCUUGGCUGAGCGCGUGGCGGGCCCCGGGGCUGGGAGCUCGCGCCCAGGCUUUUACUCGGAUUCCAGCACCUGCUGGAGCGGGGGGUGGCGGCCAGCACCCAGGCUGGGGGGCCUCUCCUCGCCAUCGGAGAGGGUCAUAUGGGGGCGGGAGGUCAAGCCCUGCUGCCUGCCCCGCAGAGCCAGGCUCGGAGUCCGCCCACCAUCCUCCCAUCCUCCCGCCCACCACCGCGGCCGGGCGCGCAGGCUCACACCCCUUCCUGGGGAAGCGAAUGGUCCCUUCCAGGCGGGUGGCCAUGUUGCUCUAAUAAAGCGGGAGGGGCGGCGGCGUGGGGGGAGCAGAUGCCGCUGGCUGAGAGCGGGACUCGGGCAAGCAGAGCGCAGCCGCGAGGGAGGCGCGAGGGAGGCGAGUUGGAUCCCGAGCGCUAGCAGCAGCCGGAGUCGGCGGAGAGCACCCAGGCGCAGCCGAAGCCAGUGCCGCAGCCGCUAUGGCCGUGGCCGUGGGGAGACCGUCUAUCUUUCUCCUCUGAAAUUCCAGAAUGAAGAGCUUCGAAACUUGUCUUUGUCUGGCCAUGUGGGAUUUGACAGCCUCCCUGACCAGCUGGUCAACAAGUCUACUUCUCAAGGAUUCUGUUUCAACAUCCUUUGUGUUGGUGAAACAGGCAUUGGCAAAUCCACAUUAAUGGACACUUUGUUCAACACCAAAUUUGAAAGUGACCCAGCUACUCACAAUGAACCAGGUGUCCGGUUAAAAGCCAGAAGUUAUGAGCUUCAGGAAAGCAAUGUACGGCUGAAGUUAACCAUCGUUGACACCGUGGGAUUUGGAGACCAGAUAAAUAAAGAUGACAGCUAUAAGCCGAUAGUAGAAUAUAUUGACGCCCAAUUCGAGGCCUACCUGCAAGAGGAACUGAAGAUUAAACGAUCUCUCUUCAACUACCAUGACACAAGGAUCCAUGCCUGCCUCUACUUUAUUGCCCCUACUGGACAUUCACUAAAGUCCCUGGAUCUGGUCACCAUGAAAAAGCUGGACAGUAAGGUGAACAUCAUCCCAAUAAUUGCGAAAGCUGACACCAUUGCCAAGAACGAGCUGCACAAAUUCAAGAGCAAGAUCAUGAGUGAACUAGUCAGCAAUGGGGUCCAGAUAUAUCAGUUUCCCACUGAUGAGGAAACAGUGGCAGAGAUUAACGCAACAAUGAGUGUCCAUCUCCCAUUUGCAGUGGUUGGCAGCACUGAAGAGGUGAAGAUUGGCAACAAGAUGGCAAAGGCCAGGCAGUACCCUUGGGGUGUGGUGCAGGUUGAGAAUGAAAAUCAUUGUGAUUUUGUGAAACUUCGAGAGAUGCUGAUCCGGGUGAACAUGGAGGACUUGCGAGAGCAGACUCACACCCGCCACUACGAACUGUACCGGCGCUGUAAGCUUGAAGAGAUGGGGUUCAAGGACACUGACCCUGACAGCAAACCCUUCAGUCUUCAGGAGACAUAUGAAGCAAAAAGGAAUGAAUUCCUGGGAGAACUGCAGAAGAAAGAAGAAGAAAUGAGACAAAUGUUUGUUAUGAGAGUGAAGGAGAAAGAAGCUGAACUUAAAGAGGCAGAGAAAGAGCUUCAUGAGAAGUUUGAUCUUCUAAAGCGGACACACCAAGAAGAAAAGAAGAAAGUGGAAGACAAGAAGAAGGAGCUUGAGGAGGAGGUGAACAACUUCCAGAAGAAGAAAGCAGCGGCUCAGUUACUACAGUCCCAGGCCCAGCAAUCUGGGGCCCAGCAAACCAAGAAAGACAAGGAUAAGAAAAAUGCAAGCUUCACAUAAAGCCUGGCAAGCCAAGGAUGUUCCCGCAUUCACCUGCUUUUGCAGUAAUAUCGUAUCUCUGCCAUGUGUGUUCUUUAGUUUUAUUUUAUUUUUUUUUUUACCCUUCCUCAAACACCAGUAACUAUUAUUAACUCGUUUUGCUGAAUGUUGUUGAGUGGUAGAAAAUGAUAGAACAAGGGACUAGCUGCGAAAGCGCUGUGCAGCUGGACUGUGUUUCCGGAAAGUAAAUGAUUUGCUUUUUAUGCCUGUUCUGAAUGGCAGCACGAAGCAGGCCUGUUACUUGUAUGUCGCUUUGGACAGAGGAAAGUGGGGUCAAAUGCUACCUGUACGUCUGACAUGAAAACUUCUCACCGCCUCAGCAGCUGAACUAAAAACCUGAAUAGCCAUGACAAGAGUUUGCAUUUUCUUGAUUAUUCAUCUCCAUGAGUGCACAGUCCCUGAACUCACUGUCUUUUCUCCACACUUGUCCCAAGCCAUGGUAGAUUUGUACAUAGACAGAAUGGUGGGCAAGCAUUAUAUUUUAUUUUUACACUUGUAUAACAUUUUCAUUUUAAUGAGUAACAUUAUUUGGCCUGAGCUUGUGGGUCUGUUCAGACUGUCUCCUCUGAUGGUUUGAAACUGUAUCUGAAUGCCUGCCUUCAAAUCCUGGCCAAUUUGGAGUAGACUGUUAUGAGAAAACUAAGAUUAUGUUCACAUUUGCUGGUGCAUCCUUGAUCCUCUCACAGACAGGGAUCUUAAAGGUUGGAUCAUAUAACAUUGCUUAGUAGAAGAAUCUUCUACAACCUACUUACCACUAACAAUAAGGAAUCUUUCAUAAACACACCUCAGUUUGUUCCCAGUGGGCUUAGAGGGAGGACCUGAUGACUGAUUCCAGGAUAUUUGUACUUCUAAUAAAAUUUUUCACUAAUCGUGAGAAAAUGUCCACAAAUACUUCCCUUAGAAAAUUUGUUAUAAACUGUAUCAUUGGCAGCACAAAUUUGAGGGGACCUUGCAAAUUUUAAGGUGGAAAUAGGAAGGACCACAACAUGACCCAUAAGUCAAGAAGGUAGACAUUUCCUAUCCAGCUUCCUUCCUUAGUCUCCUUCCAGUAUUUGGCAAUAAAAAAAAGAAGAAAUAGAACAGCUGAAGUCUCAAAUCAUCAUCUGGAAUUUUCCUCACCAUGGCUAGCUCCACCUGCUCUUUGUCUAAGUCCCUUGCCUUAUCAAAGAUUAGAACUGACCCAUAUCCCAGAACCUGUACUACAUGGCUAAUUUGCAUGGAAGAGUGCAUGUUUAGUCUUUUCAAUACUGCUCCUUUCUGAUGCUUAUCCUUUCAUCUCUGAUUGAUUUUUCCCCUCUCCUAACAAGAUCCUCCCAGCUUUCUCUCUACAUGUAGUCUCCUGUUCUUACUUGAAAGGAUAACAUUUCUUAUCAACCCACUUCCGCUCUGCAUUUUCCUCUGGCCCUCACUAGUUAUAGGUUAAGUAAGAAUGAUAAAAUAUGCUGCAUCUCCCUUGACACACACUUUCUUUUUUGAAUUUUAACAAGUCUCUGAUUUCAGCAAAGACUUUUUCCUUCUCUUCGUCCUCAACCAUACUUAGAGGAAAGAAGGAAGGGUCUUCCAGGAACUGAUUAUGCUUAAUUAGGCAAAGUAAGGAAAUCAGUUUCAUUGAAGCCUAAACGAAGCUGGGAUACAAACUAUAAACUAGACGCAGCAGCAUAGUCUUCACAGGUUUAGGAGCUACCGGACCAACAUUCUUGUUCUUGCGUUUGUUUUUUUAAAUGAUUCUAGUCUAAAGCUAGCUGUAGAGCAGCCAAAUAGUAGCUGGCAUGUUGAUGCGAACCAUGGGCUGGAUUUGCUCAUAGGCUGUGCAGCAGACAAAAGCCUGAAUACUUGUGUUGUAUGCUUGUUCCAACCACUGCUUGUGUGAGCAUUUUUUGUGCCUUAUACAGAAAGUAUACUUUUAAAUUAUUUCUUGCAUCACUAAAUUUUUUUUAAAUGAGCUUAACAACGAAAGGCAUCCAGCUGACUUUUUGAUUCCAAGAUUAUUGACUGGAUUGACUUUUUUGCGUUAAAUUUUUCAUAGCAAAAUAAAUCAUGGUGAGUCAGGGAAUAAAAAGUCAAAAGAAACAAAUAGAAGCUUUUUUUUUUUAAUGUGUUGCUUCUGAACUUUUUUCUGCCACUGCUCCUCAGCCCUGUUUAGUUUGUUAUUGCUGCUGUUCUUUUUUCUUUCUGUAUCUAUGCCUUUUUUCACAGUAGUCCUUGGCUCUGCACGGAAUAAAUGAUACCCUCAAAUCUAAUUGGAUGCGCUUUCGCCUUUGCAUGUAAGUACGGUAGUAAGAAACCUUUGAGAUCUUUCUGAGUUUUCAAAAUUAGAGAAAGCAAAUGGGAUGGAUGGAUUUUUUUUUUUUUCUUUUCAAGGGGGGCAGGGAGGUAAUGUUUGAGGUUUGAGUAGCCCUUGUUUUUUUCAACUAUUAGUUAAAAGGCCAAAUUUAUAUUUUUUUCACAAAAACCACAUAAAUUCCACUUCUUGACUCAAAUUUGGAAAUCAGAAAUUACUAAUCCAGACCAGCUGUGGUGGCUCAUGCCUGUAAUCCUAGCACUUUGGAACGCUGAGGUGGGUGGAUCACUUGAGGCCAGGAGUUUUAGACCAGCUUGGCCAACAUAGUGAAACCCUAUCUCUACAAAAAAUACAAAAAUUAGCCAGGUGUGGUGGCACAUGCCUGUAGUCCCAGCUACUUGGGUGACUAUGGCUGGAGAAUUGCUUGAACCUGGGAGGUGGAGGUAGCAAUGAGCUGAGAUCACACCACUGCAUUCCAGCCUGGGUGAUGGAGUGAGACCCUGUCUCCAAAAACAAAAGAAAAGAAAUUAUUAAUCCUUGCCUGUGCUGUACAUAGCCUCAUGGGCAUCAUUGGAUAAUUCAGAGGGGCCUUGAUUCUGGCAAUGCAAAUAAAGCCAGAAUGAGAAAUUACUACCUUCUACUAGAGAAAACCAAGAGAAAAAAUUUUAUGCCAGGCUGCCUUUAUGACCACUUAAUUUUGUUUUUUUAAUUUUAGCUUAAUGGUCUCUUCCUGGUGCUAACUGCUGACAGUGGCUGCCUCUUUUUGGGGGAGAGAGGGGCCUAUAUAACUCUAGCUGGCCUUCCCCACAUCUUUUCUUCAAACAUAAUGACCACUUUUUUGCUGCUUCUGAGCUUUAAAGCUCCAUAACACAUGUGCUGUAGAAUGUGAUGGAAAAGCAUUGAUGAGAAUUUAUUGGCAAUUCAGACUGUUUUCCCAACUUAGGCUCUUUAUUAAUUGGUUAAGGUUUUCUCCAAAAAGGGCAUUUCAACAAGGGAAAUUAUUUAAUGUAACACUGGGCACAGAUUACUUAUCUUCCUUCUCUGCCUUGUGACUCACCAGCAGUAACACACACUCUCCACAUCUUGUGCACCUCAAAUGAAGACUUGGUUUCCUUGCUUUCUUGAGAUUUUCAUGACUGUUUCACAUACAGACUGUUGAGUGAGGUUUUUCAGCUGUUACCGACCCACGUCCUACUGUCUCUGUGUGGUCCUACAAAAACUAUCUAUUCCCACCCCUUUGCUUUGCUAUUUGCAAGUCUCUGGAAUUGUCUCAGCUUCCAGAAGUCCUGGUUCCUCUGCCAGGACUCAUUCUUCAGUGGGAUUUAUGACCUACAAAGUCUGGUUUGUAUGUAGGUAUGAAGGGAAUUUUUAAAAUAAGUUGAAAAGCUGUGAACAGCAUUAGAACUUUGUCUAUUUCUUAAUUUUAAAAUAUGCUGAUAUGCCUUAAACUGUAGUUGUAGAUCCUUGUCAUUUUGCUGUUUAGAAAUAACCAAUGUGUUUUCUUAAAUUGUUGUGUAAUCUACUUUCAGUGUUAAUGCAGAAUUGUCAUGUAUGUAAGCUGCAUGUUAGACAUUUGUCUUUUUUAAAAAACUAAAGUAAUGUAUUGAUGUGAAGCAUAUCAUUUUUUCAAAUAUGAAAGUAAUCACUUAGCAACAUGCUUGGUAAUUUGGCGUCUGUUAAGGUAGGAGAGUGGUGGACAGGUAUUCUAUGCAUAUAUCACUAGUGCCAAGACAUAAAGCGGGGGAAAAUAUAUUUUUACCCAAACGUU